AUGAGACUCCUGUUGUUGACCUUACUGGUCCUGGCCUGCGCUAUCUUCGUGAGAGUUGAGUCCAAGCCAUCACGAACAACAAUCUACCCCGGCUGCCAGUUAGAAAAGCACCUCCAUCAUCAUGACAAAGACCACCAUCCCCCAGAAUGCGUUUGGCUGUUCACAUGCAAGUGGAUCAUGGGAAACGAAUUCGCAACUGUUGCAACAAAGAUGGUUGAACGCACAAAAGAAAGUCCCGUCACUGAAUUUCACAUCGAACAGUGUCUUCUGCCCAAUGCCGAUGACAACGAAAUCGAUCUCAGUGUUGCACAGAAUCUUGGGAACUUGGAAGGACUGAAAAUCAAGAAUUGCAAAGUUAUUGGGAUCAAGUCGGACACAUUCGAUUCAAUUGUGAACUUGCGCUGGUUGUCCUUACACAAUGCAAGCAUCGCUUACCUGCCGACAGACGUUUUCACUAAACUUAGCAAGCUGGAGACGUUAAAGCUACCGCGGAACAUUCUUAGAAACCUGACUCUCGAGAUCAGCUCGCGAAACCUGACGAAAAUAGAACUGCACGCUUCCUCCCUGAACAUUCUCCAAAUCACACCUACAGUCGGAACAUUGCAGCUUACGACAAUAAACGUGAAGGACAACAACUUGACCAGGAUCGGGGGACUCUCAGACCUGAUUGGGAAUGAUGCUUCGAUUCAAAUUGACGGUAACCCUUUUGAUCUAUCGAGCAAACCUUUUGGACUAAAAGAACUGAACCUUUCUCAUCUCUCUGUGUCAAUUUGGAACGAAGAAGAUAUCGGCAAAUUGAGUGACGCCAUUGGACAUUUUAGAAGCAUUGAUACUCUCAGUGUGGUGAACGAAAGUCUGUCUGACAACUGUAAUUUCACCUUUCAGAAGCUUGAGAACAUGACUAUUAAAACACUUGAAGUACUCCGGUUCUCAAAUUGGUGGGGCCAAGUCAUCGACAAGUACCAAUUAAACCCCUACACCGCUUUAAAAAACAUCCAAGAGCUCCGCCUUCGGGAUUGUAACCGGCCCAGGUACAAUGUCACCAGGCACAAUGAUAGAGAAAUAUUUUUUCCAUCUUCCUCAAUGACUUCACUAAAUGCUGUAAGUGUUAAUCAUGCUGAUUUGGUUUCACUUCGUCUUUCUUAUCCGAACUGGACAACGAUGCUUGACCUGUCCCAUGGCGUUAGCUCCGCAAUAAGCCACAAUCACACGGAUGACAGUAAAAUCAGGAGUUUAAACCUGUCCUGUACGAGUAUUGAGAUCAAACUCGUGUUAACGGGAACAUCUUCAAUAGAAGAGCUGAUACUGAGAAAUAUAACACUUACAGACCAUGUUAUGAAGCCGAAUAACACCAUUUGGUUAGCUCCUCUCCCCAGGCUUCGUCAUCUCGAUCUGAGCUCCAACAGCAACAACUACUAUCCAUACGGGCCCUUCUUCACGUGGCUUUUCAACGUCAGUGAUGCAUUCAUUGGCCUGGGAAACCUUGAACGACUUGAACUAAAUUACACCGACAUCGGCGAAAUAGAUACGGGGGACUUAAUGUGUGUAUUUCACCCUCUAAGAAACUUGAAGAGGCUCGAUUUGGACAAAAGCAGAUUCUCUUACAUUCCCAAAAAAACCUUCGUGAACCAAGUUCACUUGGAGGAGUUAUAUUUGGCAGAAAAUGGCAUCCGUGCCAUCGAGAAUUCCGUCUUUCGUGCACUGGUUCGUUUGAAGCAUUUAGAUCUCCGAAAUAAUAAGAUCGGAUACAUUUCUGGAGAAACCAUGGCACUUCUAACAUCUCUUCCACAAGGAACAUUUCGAUUCACAGGAAACAAUCUUUGGUGUAAUUGUGAUCUUGCAGAAUUCACUUGGUGGCUGAAGAAGACUGCCUUUCGUCCUGAUAAACAGUGCGAAAUGAGCAAUGAAAAAUGUGUCGGACCUUCCUCCUUGAUUGACACGUCGAUUCUGGAUUACCAACCUCCUUGGCUGGACUGCGACAACAACCUCCUCAUACUGACGGUAUCCUCGGCUUUUAGUUUCUUUCUGACCUUAUCCACGUCUGUAGCCAUUCAUGCCUAUCGCCGCCGCCUGUCCAUCCGCUACUGGUAUGUUGUGCAGAAAAUGAGACGAGCAAGAUCCCAUCAGAGUAUGAACACAGAAUAUGGAGCUCCCGACAAUGAUCCAGACGAUCCCUUUGAUGUUUUCGUGUCUUUUGAAUACAACGACAGGUUCUGGGUGACGGAUACGCUUCUCCCGAAACUAGAGAACUCUGAUGACAUUAGAUUCAGGGUUUGCACAGUCGAUCGCGAUCUGAACGAUCCCGGCAGACCAGAGGUCAUGAAUGUUGCAAGAGGGAUUAGGAACAGCCGUAAUGUCAUCUUUGUUGUGACGAGGGAAUUGAUCCAGACUGCAUGGUGCGAGUACGAGAUGUCCUUGGCCGAGACCCAGAGCCUGCAAGAGGGCAACUGUCGGUUGAUCAUUAUCUUCUUGGAGAAAUUCACGUGGGAAGAGCUGCCCCUCUGCUUGAAGCGGCUCCUGAGUCACGUGAACUUCCUGCGAUGGCCAGAAACCACGCAUGAGCAGAAGGACUUCUGGUGUCGACUUCGUUUGGUCAUUCUGGGAGAGGAAAUGCAGUCGACAACUCGAGUUGUUUACACCCAGUAUUAGCAACAUCCGCAGGUACGAUGUUGUGUCACUUCCGAUGGUUCAUUAUAUAUUUGCAUACAUUAUUAUCCUAGCUUGAGUUUUGCCUACAUCUAUACGAAUCGGGUCAUUGACAACAACUUAACUAUUAUAUAUAUAUAGACCAUUGCCA